UAAACCACGUACUGUGCGUGGCGACGUCACCCGGCGACGCAUGACGCAGAACUAGAUAAAGCGUCCGUUACCGGGAGGAAGGGAGCGUCCUGCACGAGGACAGGUGGAUCACCAUGACAACAGAGCCAGGUGAGACCCAGCCUAACGAGGCAGAGUCUUUCCCUGAAGCUGCCGCCCACUCCACACCCAAGCAGGGAGGGGAGGGCGUGUCGUACCAGAGCCGUCCCCCCAGCGUGCUGAUCGAGGACUCCACAAGUCAGCUUUCAUCGAGCAGCCGCAUUGCUCGCUCUCCGGCCAGAAACCCGCUGAGCUUCAGGACCAUGCAGGCGAAGGUGACCCUGCUGGACGGGUCGCUGUUUACCUGCACUGUAGAGAAACGAGCUCGUGGGCUGCAACUGUUUGAGAAAGUCUGUGAUCACAUCAACCUGCUUGAGAGAGACUACUUUGCAUUGUCCUUCAGGGAUGCUGACAAUAACAAGAACUGGUUGGAUCCAGUAAAGGAGAUGAAGAAACAGAUCAGAGGUGUGCCUUGGAACUUUUCCUUUAAUGUGAAGUUUUACCCUCCUGAUCCCGCUCAGCUGUCGGAGGACAUCACCCGGUAUUUCCUGUGUCUGCAGCUCAGACAGGACAUAGUUUCUGGUCGUCUUCCUUGUUCCUUUGCCACUCACACUGUCCUGGGCUCCUACACCGUCCAAUCAGAACUCGGAGACUACGACCCUGAGGAGUGUGGUCCAGAUUACAUCAGGGAACUCAACUUUGCUCCAAAUCAAAGCAAAGAGAUGGAGGAAAAGAUCAUAGAGCUGCACAAAACCUACAGAGGACUGACUCCAGCCGAAGCAGAGAUGCACUUCCUGGAAAAUGUAAAGAAACUUUCUAUGUACGGAGUCGACCUUCAUCACGCAAAGAUGCUAGGAAACCUCUUUGACUGCUUGUCUCCAGCUCAGUCGGAGGACUCGGAGGCUGUGGGCAUUAUGCUGGGCGUGUGCUGUAGUGGCUUGCUGGUCUACAGAGACAGACUGAGGAUCAACAGAUUCUCAUGGCCAAAGAUUCUAAAGAUCUCCUACAAAAGAAACAACUUCUACAUCAAGAUACGACCUGGAGAGUUUGACCAGUUCGAGUCUACAAUUGGCUUUAAACUGUUCAACCAUAGGGCUGCAAAGAGACUGUGGAAGGUCUGUGUGGAGCAUCACUCCUUCUUCAGGCUGGUGUCUCCUGAAGAACCCCCCAAGAAAUUUCUAUCUUUGGGUUCCAAGUUUCGGUACAGUGGUCGGACUCAGAUUCAGAGUCGCAGAGCAAGUGCUCAGAUCUCCAGACCCGCUCCACAUUUCCCACGAUGUGUCAGCAAGAGGAACAUGCUCAGUCGCAGCCUGGAUGGAGCUACUGGUGUGAUGCCCAAGUCCUCUUUAAUUGGCUCCCCAGCCUUCACAGCGUCUUCCAAAAUCAACGGUGGUGCACACACAGAUAUGGGGUCGGGGCUGUAUGCUGCAUCAAAGGCCAUCACUGUCAGUGACCUCAUCACCACAGUGACACCCGAGAGGAGGGACGAGGUCAGGAUGGGGGACUAUGUGGAGGAGCUUCUGGUAAUGCAGGAGCAGGUGAUGGAGGUGGUUGAAGAAAGCAAAGAGGAUCUGCAGCAACAGGAAGAACAGACCAGAGCAACCGAUGUGUCCCAGCAAAGUCCUCCGACUCCUCAGAAACAGGAUACCAAGACGGAGCUGACAGACACAGCUGUGGACGGAGAACUGACCCCUACUGAGUCUGAUCAGGAUGAAGAUGUAAAAACUCAGGAGACAUUUGGAAGUCCAGAGGAGAUGCCAAAACCUCAGAGUACCAUCAGUGCCCUGAGACGCUCCUUUUUAGAGGGAGUGGUGGGAGAGGAGGGCCUGACGGAGUGGGACAAGCGUCUGGCAGCAUCACCUGUGCGACGAGUGGACGAGCCUCCGAUGAUUGAACCUCUAGAACCUGAUGAGCUCCUCCCUCUAGACAGUAGUUCAUCAGAGGAGGGCGGGGUCAUGACAAACCAAGGUUCUCUUCAGCCAGUCAGAGAGAGGACCUGUACUGUGGGGCGGAGCUAUGAUACGACGUCUGGCACAGUUGUUUUCAUGACAUCCAGGAAUGAGAGCUCAGAUGUUACCAUGACAACAGUGAAUCCUGAGACGGGGGUCAUCGGAGGGGGACCACUAAUCACAAUUCGUGAGGUGAAGACACCAACCUCACCAUGUAAACCCUUGACCAGCGUUUUUGAGACAGAAGGGACAAUGGCCAGAACUCUGGACCUUGGUGGAGGUGUAGCCUCUGUGAAGUCACCUCAGUCCCUCCUCCUCCCCAAUAAAUCAUCUCUGGAGCAACCAAGCCAAAGCUCCGUCCCUGGCAGGAAGUCGCCCUCCCCAGGCACAGUGCCUAAACCCACGUUCGAUGAAAUGUCUCCUGAACUCGUGGCACUGCUGAAAUCAGCCAGAGAACAAGAAGCAUUCAGAGAACACAGCUUGCUAAAGACAUCAGAGAAGGUGGAGACCAUUUUCCUAAAGACAGAAUCACAGGACCAAGACCAACAAAUGGUGGACUAUCCUCAGGUCCCAGUGAUGAGGAAAACUCUGACCUACGAAGCUGCAGGGGGCCAAGUGGACUCUGAUCCUGCUGCAGGUCUAUUACUCAGCUCCCAGACAUUCACCUCUGAGACGUCCACCACCAGCACUACCACACACAUUACCAAGAUGGUCAAAGGAGGACUCGCAGAAACCAGAAUCGAGAAAAGAAUUGUGAUUUCUGGAGACACAGAAAUUGACCACGACCAGGCCCUGGCCGUGGCUCUCAGUGAGGCUCGGCGUCAGCAUCCUGAGUUGUCUGUCACACGAGUUGUCGUCCACAAAGAAACUGAGGUUUCCCCUGAUCAAGUAAUUGAAUAAUGAUGUCACAGGACUGAAUGAGUCUCUGAUGCAUUGUGGGUGUUGCAGUCCAUACAGCAUCACCGAUUGGACAUUAAUGGAACUGAAGAUUUACAGCACACACACACACACACACACUGACACAAACAGACAAGUGAGGACCUCCAUUGACAUAAUGCCUUCCCCAGCCCCUAACGCUAACCAUCACAACUAAAGGCAGACGUCUAACCCUUGCUCUAAUCCAAACCAAACCUCAAUGCUUACCUGAGCCUUCAAAUCCCUUCUUGACCCUUCUUGACCCCAAAUAAGCCUUCAAAGUGGUGGGGACCGGCCAAAUGUCCUCACUUUGUCAUGAAUGUCUCCACUUUGGUAGAAAAAACAGGUUUUUGGUCCCCACUUUGAUGUAAAUGCUAGGUACACACCCACACUGACACACACAAACACACACACACACACACAGCAUGAUUCAAGGGGUCUGUGUCUUUAGCACUAGCUCCAUAGUCUGAUUCGAUUUUGAGGGUUUAAUUACCACAUUCAAAACAACAACUGAGGCAGAUGCUGCUGUGCUGCCAUCAACAUAUUCUCAUAGCAACCAAAGCCAAUUAACCGCAGGAGAAACUUUCACCACAGUUAUGUUUCUGCCUCCAUUUCGUGGUUUUGUCAAGCCCCGCCCCCCCACACACGGCUCGGGUGUUAGAACCUAAUGAGGGCAAUUCCAACAGCUUUAUAAAGCAUUUAGUACCGUUUAUAUCACAUUUAACUGCUUGUAAGCUUCUCACCUGGCAUGGACCUGACAGUUUCAAGCAAAGGGUUUACAGCCAGAAAUGUAAAAUACUGUAGCAUGUAUGCUAGCACUGAAAACACUAAACUUAUAGCAGCUCUUAGAAUGCAAUAGUGAUUGAGUGCCAUUGUCUCAUCUCACCUGUAAACCUGUGCUUAGUUAAUUUAUUUCUACCUGGUGAGUCAUGUUUGUUACUUAUUUAUUUAUUAGAUGUGUUUGUACAUUCCCUUUACUAUCACGACCACCCAGUGUCAUUUUUCACUCUGUAUUUUCUUUGUCACAACAUUCUGAAUCCACUAAACUGAAAUAAAAUUAGCAAGUGCUUCAAUCUAA